GCAUUUCGCGCCAUAUUGCAAAAAAUACAGAUAACACAAGACAUUUUUUCAAGAUGGCGUCUCAAUUUUAUAUUUACGCUCUUACUUUGUCACUAAUGGUUUUAAGUAUAAAUUGUUUAAGAAACAAUUGGCAACAAAAUUCUGGUCUGGUAGAUGAACAGAAUGCAGCCAGACAUUCUGCAAGCCGGUUUAGACGGCAGAGCCCACUGCUAGGUCACAAAAACUAUGCGCAGGCGGUGGCUCAACCAAGUGUGGUGGUCGUGCCUGGGGUUCCUAACACCGCGUAUAGAGGAUCAUCUUAUGGAACACAGAGCGUCCCUUACGGAACCCAAAUGGCUGGUUAUGGCGUAAACAGAGCCCCUACCGUAGUGGUCAGUGUCCCAGAUAGCAGUAGCUGUAAGAAAACCAAAAAGAAGAAAAAAAAGAUUUUCUCAGAUUUAGCGGAAGACUAAUAGGAUAACAACUACAUGACUCCAGUAGUAAGCAACCCAUACAUCCCAAGAAUAUAACAGCCCAAAUGUCACAAGACACAAA